AUUACUAAAGCGGUGAAUGCGCUAUCUGCAAAAAUGGAGAUCGGGGCCCCCAUGGUAUGUUCGUACUUGCUUGGCUUUCCGGAUCAUUACACUAAUAUCUCAUUCAAAAAAUUUUAUUGGACUGCUUAUGUCAAAUACAUUGAGAGUACAUGUUCUGGUUCCAUGACGGUCACGCCAGCCUCUGCUAACGACGUCGUUGUCGACCGUGCUCCCGAUGCGAAUGAACGUGUCGUUAUUGGACGAUCUGGUAGCGAGCUUGUGCCUCUGAACAAAAUCAAUGAUUACGUUUAUCGACCUGUACGCUAUGAACAUUACAGUCUAUAUGACUAUCUCAUUCAAACUGACGUUGUGAAGCAUCGACGCUCUCGUUCUGCUACGACUAUAGAUGACACACCCGAUGAUGGCGACGAUGGAGAUGCAGUUGGAGAUGAUAUUUAUCAUUCAUUCUUGCCUGGACAUCCUCUUCGCCAUACCCACGUCGUCGUGGAUGUGGAUCGCGCGAAGCAGUAUGUUUUACAUUUUCUUGGGAAGCCGUUGCCUCGACACGACAAAGGUGAUCGAGAGAGUUAUUGUCAAUCGAUGCUAACGUUUUUCAACCCAGGUGGUUGGCAUACCGGAUCCGAUCUGAAGACCGUCGAGCAAAACUGGGAGUCGGUCUUCAACCAAACCGUGUUCAGCACAGACCAUGUUCGUGUCAUGGCCAACAUGAACGUUUUGUAUGAAUGCCGAGAUGCCCGGGACGAUUUUGCAGCG